AUGUGGCAAAGCUGCGGGACACAUGAUCAAGCUCCUGCUGCUGUACCAUGCCAAGCGUCCGCGUGUCCCAAGAACAAAGACAUGCACCUCCUCCCAGUCUUCUACCACCACAACAAGAAAGCCUGGAUGACCGUAGCUUUGUGCACUGACUGGUUUCAAAAUUGUUUUGUGAGGGAGGUCAAGGAUUACCUGCAGGAUAAAGGCCUGGAGUUUAAGGUUCUUCUCAUGAUUGACAACUGCCCUGGCCACCACAAGGCCCUCAAGGUUGCCAACAAAAAUGUCGAGGUGAUGUUUCUACCCAAGAACACAACAUCAUUGCUCCAACCACUUGACCAGGGAGUCAUCGCUGUCUUCAAGGCCAACAGCAUAUGGCAGGCCUUGUACGACGACACACAGGCUGGUGCUGAGUCAGUGCGGGAAAUGUGGAAGAAGUUCUCCUUUGCAGACUGCAUUUCCUUCAUCAAGCAGUGCCAUGGUGACCUGACAGUUCUCUGUGUUAACUCCUGCUGGAGGGCCUUGUGGCCAGAAGUGGUGGACAACUUUGUUGGCUUCCCCACAGUAGACCAGGAUGUGCAGCACAUCUUCCAGCUUGCUUGUCAAGUGGGAGCUUCAGGCGCCCCAGAGAAGGCAGAUAGACAUUUUCCAGACAUGCUCAAUGGGGAAAACAGUUUCACACUAAAAAGACUGAUACUAAAGCUGUCGCCUCGUCAUGCUCAAAAACAUGUUGAAUGGUUCGCAGAAGAAGUUCGUUAA